GCUGAGGGGGCGCGCGGCUCCGGCCUCUGCCCGGGCCGAUCCUGCCCCGGCGGCGCCUUUGCCGGCGGCCGCCCCGCUCCUUGUCGCUCUCUCCUGCCUCCCGCCGCGAGCAGCCGGGGCUUCCUCCAUGCGGGAGAAGAGGAGGAGGAGGAGGAGGUGGGAGCUGCUCGCCGGCCAUCCCCGGCGCCCGGCAAGUCGGAGCCGACCCGCCGCCGCGCCGCUCCUGCCGCAUCUCCCCGCGGCGCGGAGCCGGCCCUGAGCUCUGCUCGCCGCGCCGGCCACGGACCCCUCCUCAUAGUCUUGCCCCCACCCUCCUCCUAGUCUUCCCAGACCCCUCCUCCUAGUCUUUCUCCUUUUUGUUUGUUGUUGUUUUUUUUUUUUUUUUUUUUUUCCUUUUUAAUUCUCCCCCUCCCCCUCUGGUUCUCACCCUGGCUGCGAGCAAAGCGUCUUCAUGAGCGCAGAGGAUGUCCGGAAAGCACUACAAGGGGCCUGAAGUCAGUUGUUGCAUCAAAUAUUUCAUCUUCGGCUUCAAUGUCAUUUUCUGGUUCCUUGGCAUAGCAUUUCUUGGGAUUGGAUUGUGGGCAUGGAAUGAAAAGGGAGUGCUGUCCAACAUCUCCUCCAUCACUGACCUGGGAGGCUUUGAUCCUGUUUGGCUCUUCCUAGUGGUAGGAGGAGUUAUGUUCAUUUUGGGAUUCGCAGGAUGCAUUGGAGCUUUACGAGAAAACACUUUUCUUCUCAAAUUUUUCUCUGUAUUUCUUGGAAUUAUUUUCUUCUUGGAGCUCACUGCUGGUGUUCUAGCAUUUGUUUUCAAAGACUGGAUAAAGGACCAGCUGUAUUUCUUUAUAAACAACAACAUCAGAGCCUACCGAGAUGACAUUGAUUUACAAAACCUCAUAGACUUCACACAGGAAUAUUGGCAGUGCUGUGGGGCUUUUGGAGCUGAUGACUGGAACCUUAACAUUUACUUCAAUUGUACAGAUUCCAACGCGAGCCGAGAGCGCUGUGGUGUGCCAUUCUCUUGCUGUACUAAAGACCCUGCUGAAGAUGUUAUUAAUACUCAGUGUGGCUACGAUGCCAGGCAAAAACCAGAAGUUGAUCAGCAGAUUGUUAUCUACACUAAAGGCUGUGUCCCUCAGUUUGAGAAAUGGUUGCAGGACAACCUUACCAUAGUUGCUGGUAUAUUCAUUGGGAUAGCAUUACUGCAGAUAUUUGGGAUAUGCUUAGCCCAGAAUUUGGUUAGUGACAUUGAGGCUGUCAGAGCCAGCUGGUAAAACUGCUGAAGUAACCACAACAAGACACUGGACAACCGAAACCCUCUGAAACCUCCAGUGUGUCACUCCGACACCAAGCUGUAUGGACAUGGGUGACAGGGAAGCCUUCUCUCCCAAGUAGUCUCAAGUUUAAGUUCCUGAUAUUGCAGUGAACUUGUGUUUUUUUCGGGAUGGGGGAGAGAAGAGUGGGCUAUUGAAAAUCUGCUGCUCACUGACAAUUUUUUUUUUCUUUUCAACCACCACUUUGAAAGCUGUUGAGCCGUGAAUCUCUACUGUAUUCUUGAUUUUUGAGUAACAAGUGGACACUUUUUUAAAUUGGUGUAUUCAGUGAGACAGAGUUGCAUUGUUGUAGUCUGUGGAUAUGCUGUUUAUUCUUCAUGUCAUGAGCUCUUUGAUAGCUGCCAAAUAUUCCUGAGAUGUUCUAUCUCCUCACCACUCUGUAAAGGAACAAUCUUCUUGUUUUCACAGCUAAACAUAGCUACAGGCCUAAACCCAUGAAGCAGGAAGCAACUUUCUAUGCAUCUAUUGUACAGUAAAAAAAAUUUGUUUUUAAAACAAGGGAAAUUAUUUUUAUGCAAGCUUCCAACCAUCUCCCUCUAGUACCUUGAGGUUGGAAUCAGCAGAAGGCAGAAUUUGCUUAAUUUUGUCAAGAUCUUUCUUCCUUCUCCACUCUUGUAUGAAGGGAAAGGAGUUUUCUAUUUGACGAACAAGGGUUGCUGCCAUACCUUUGGAUGUCAGUCUCUUAAGGCAAGGAUGGGAUAUAACUGUAUAAAUGUAUGAAAGCAAUGUGGAUGUUGGGUCCAAGUGAAGAAUAAUAUUCAAAUAAUGGAUUAUAUAUUAACUUAAAAUAAUUCAAAACUUAUGUAUCUGAUAUGGCAAAAUCUUUUGUUUCUCUGAAAUUUAGUGUAACCUAAUGUAUUUAGGGAUCUCACUGAUGUUAAUGCUUUGACAUACUCAUGCGAAGCUUGUUUCUUUGGUCUGUUCCUAGUUAGGGCUUUGGUCUUUCUUUUCAUCUUUUUCUUUUCUUUAAUUCUUUUUACUUGCAUGAGCUGUGGAAUAAGAAUCUGUGACACUCCAGUGCUUUAAAUAUGUGCAUAUGUUUUAAUACAGUCUAAUCCAAACUUAUUUAUUGAUAAAUGCAUGUGAUUAUGGGAAGAUCAUUUCCCAUUCUCUUGGAAGUUGGAGAGAACAGUUUUUGUCAGAGUAAACGCUUACCUCCAGUGAACAAAUUCAUACUAUGGAGAUGUCUCCUCUUCUUGCUCUAAAGGCAACAAAGAGCUUUCUUCUUCUUUCUGUGAAGCAACAGAAUAAAAAUCUUAAAAUAGAAGCAUUUAUUAGGAUCUGCUAAGGCAGACCCUUUUGAAUUGGACACAAGAAAGCAGAAUGUGGCAAAAAGCACAAAUAGUGGAGAAAACUUUAAUCAGGCUCCAUCCAGCUUAGUGUUUUUGAUUUGUUCUUCUUCACUAAUAAUAGUGAACUUAAAGACCUGACAUGGCUUGGGUAGUUUAUUGCACUUUGUAUAAAUUUAGUGUGUUUUAUGACCCUUCUCAGUAUCUCCAUACCAGUCCUGAAAGCUGUGGUCCCGCUUUGGUCAGACAGUGGCAAAGGGUGUGUAGCACCUCCUUGUAAGGAUGUAACAUCUUUGAGUUGAGUUUCCUAAACCAGAAGGUAUAUGGAGUAGGAGAGAGGAACACAUUGCUUUCAAAGCUUCCCUGUUUUGGGGGAUAGAUAGAAGGCUGAUCUGGUGACUUGUUAAGGCCCUUUUUGGUCCUGUGACACUUAAACAAAUGAAUAUACGUACCCUUGCACAUUUUGCCUUUCUGUGCUUUAGUUGGCCGUGGUUUUUCUCCCCGAUGAAGGCUGGUGAAGGGCACGCUGCUGCUUCACAGAUGCCUCAGCAGACCUGUUGUCCUCCCAUCUUUGAGCAUUACCUCAUCCUCUUCUGGUUAACUCCCACUGACUGGCUCUGAAUCAGGCAGCCUCCAUAUCCCUUGGUAUCUGCUGUUAAAGGCCAGCCAUGACUCAGAGUAUUUUUUAAAGCCUUUCAAAGCAAUUAUAUUUCAUUGUCCUUAAUAAAGUUGGUUCCACCUCAGCACAGUGUUAUGUUUUUCUUAGCCACUCCUCGAUUUGGGGAGUUACUGGUUGUUUUCCCCCAGAGGGACAUACCAUUUUGCCUGAUAGUGGCAGGACAGACAGAUCAUCAGCACCAGUGUUGCUGCACUGAGACAAAAUGGUGCAGGGAGGAAUCAGGGAAGUGGGGUUGAGGAAAUAACCCCUCCACCAAAGAGUCUUGAUUGUGAUCCUGGGCUUUGGUUUGGAGGGAAAACAAAAAGCCUAAUUACAGAAGCAUUCCUUGUUGCCACUGAUCUUGAAUACUACUGUUGCUGCUCUGAGUUUCUGAAGAUAGCUUCAUUCUUCUACUUGAAUCUCUGCAGUUGUACUGUAUUGGCCUUCUGUCUUGUCACGCUGUUCUCCGAGUUCCAGUCUGCUGGCUGUGCAGUUGGCAGUGUCAGACUGAUAGGAGGGUAAAUGCUCCAAGCUGAGCAAUUCUUGUUCUCACAACUUGCACGUCUACACACAAAUGUGCAACACUUCUGCUGAAUCCCAGAAUGACUGACUGUUCUUACAAAAACCACUAGAUAACUUCCUUUUCUAGAGCUCGUCUUUAUUGCUGUGGUUGUUAAUCCUUCUUGCUCCCUUGUUCCCAAGAGAUACUUAUUUACUCAUUUUUGCAGUUUGAUGGAUGUGCACUGAUUGUUUAGCUGUCUGUUACACAUUUAAAUCCCACAUUUUUUUGUCUACAGAUCAGGUAAGAUAUCCUCGAAAUGUCCCACAACAGCUACUCAGCAGCUUAGGUGUCCAGUUGUGAAACCUUGUGGGAGGCCUUGGAAAUCAAUGUAUUAUUGUCAGAGCCUGCCAAAUACAAGCAAACUUUUUUCCAGGAAACUUUGAAAAGGUCACGUGAAUUGCAACUAAAGCACAACUGCUGGCUACGUGGGCUCAGUGUCUAAAGCAAUAAGAUGUGGUAGGCACUCAGACUCCAUGGCAGUUUCCUGCCUGGUGUGGUGGUGGGGUACAUGUGAGUUCAGAGAUCAGCCUAAUUAUCUUUAACAUGCAGUAGUUUUUCAGAAAUUUAUUGUCAAGCUUACGGAGUGGGAAACAGCUCUGUUUGCUGGGUGAUUCCUGUGGAGUAGUGGCAUUGCUAGCAAGGAUUCUGGUAGCUCAGCAGCAGCGCUGGCUUUAAAGCUAUUUCCAUAUAUCCCAUUGAGCCCUGCCAGAGGGCUUCACAGUCCUUGAUCCUCUGCUUUCUAAAUACCCUCUCUAUUCACAGGCCUUUCUGUUGUUUGGGUUUGGGGUUUUUUUUUGAUUAAUAGCCUAAUGGACAAAUGUGUGAGUCAUCUUUUUGUGUCUAUUUUGGUAGCAGUAGGAUCUCUUUGCUUAAAAUCCAAAAUUUUGAUUGUGCCCCUUAGAGUUUGAAGCUGUGGGGGUGCUUGCUCAAGUGUACUCUGUCCCGAAAGCCUUCUUCUCUCCCCUUUGAGAGAGAUGCUCACUGUAGUUCUGGUGUGUAAAUAGUGUUUGGAAUGUAAAUAGUAGCAUGCAGAUUAAAUGCUUCUUGCACAUGACUGCUUUUCACCCUGAAAAUGUUUAUUAUGGAGAGGAAAGGUGUCCACCCGGAGAGUCCCAAGUGGUUGUCUUGGCUGUCCCUCGUGCCGAUGGAGCAGCAGGAGCACCUCAGCUGCCCGUGUUCGGUGUCUGCCCUGUGAG